AUGUGCGACAACGGCGACCCCGAGGACAAGCCCCCGGCGCCGCCUGUCCGCAUGAGCAGCACCAUCUUCAGCACCAGCUCCAGCAAAGACUCGUUGUCGGCGAACCAUAGCUCCAAGCCACUGCCUUCGGUGCCCGAAGAAAGAAAGCCUCGCAGCAAGAUUAUCUCAAUCUUUUCCGGCGCGGAGAAAGGUGGAAAAAAAGAUCGAGACAAAGAGCGACCGGAGAUUUCGCCACCUUCCGAUUUUGAACACACCAUACAUGUUGGCUUCGAUGCUGUCACUGGAGAGUUCACUGGUAUGCCGGAGCAGUGGGCUCGGCUACUUCAGACUUCUAACAUCACCAAGUCAGAGCAGAAGAAGAACCCGCAAGCCGUGCUUGAUGUUCUCAAAUUUUACGACUCCACGGGCAACGGGCGGCAGAAGUACCUCAGCUUCUCAUCUUCUGAAAAAGAAGCAUUCACUCCAGGGCCACAGUCUCCAGUCAAAAAAGGGGCGGAGCCCGCAUCUCCGACAAUCAAAGACAUCGAUGACGAUGAGGAUGAUGAAGCUCCGCCUCCCGCCGUGGCUCCCAGACCGGAACACACCAAAAGCGUGUACACACGGUCCGUCAUCGAUCCCCUGCCCGCGCCCACCCCGAGCACGGACGGCGAUGCGGCGUCUAAAAGUGCCGACAGACAGAAAAAGAAGGGCAAAAUGUCGGAUGAGGAGAUCAUGGACAAACUGAGAACAAUCGUCAGCAUUGGCGACCCCAAAAAGAAAUACACCAGAUAUGAGAAAAUUGGACAGGGAGCUUCUGGAACAGUCUUCACUGCCAUUGACGUUGCCACAGGACAAGAGGUUGCCAUCAAACAGAUCAACCUCCAGAAGCAACCCAAGAAGGAGCUGAUCAUCAAUGAAAUCCUGGUUAUGAAGGAGCUCAAAAAUCCCAACAUUGUUAACUUCCUGGACAGUUUCCUGAUGGGGGAAGAGCUAUUUGUGGUGAUGGAGUACCUGGCGGGCGGCUCGCUUACCGACGUGGUCACCGAAACGUGCAUGGAUGAAGCCCAAAUAGCCGCCGUCUGCAGAGAGUGUUUACAAGCGUUGGACUUCCUGCACGCUAACCAGGUCAUCCACAGAGACAUUAAAAGUGACAACGUGCUGCUCGGCAUGGACGGUUCCGUCAAGCUGACCGACUUCGGUUUCUGCGCCCAGAUCACUCCAGAGCAGAGCAAGCGCAGCACCAUGGUGGGCACGCCCUACUGGAUGGCCCCUGAGGUGGUGACCCGCAAAGCCUACGGGCCAAAAGUGGACAUCUGGUCACUGGGCAUCAUGGCCAUUGAGAUGGUGGAGGGAGAGCCUCCCUACCUCAAUGAAAACCCCCUACGGGCCUUAUAUCUGAUCGCCACCAACGGAACACCCGAGCUACAGAACCCUGAGAAGCUGUCGCCUGUUUUCAGAGACUUUCUCAACCGAUGCCUGGAGAUGGACGUGGAGAAGCGGGGUGGCGGCAAAGAGCUCCUGCAGCAUCCCUUCCUGAAGCUGGCCAAGCCUCUUUCCAGUCUCACGCCGCUUAUCCUGGCUGCCAAGGAGGCCAUGAAAGGCAAUCGUUAA